GCAGCCUGAACCGGUAGCUUCGAGUUUGAUUCCGAUUCGCAGUAAUACGGCAAAGAUGAGGAUGACAAUGAAAAAUGAAAUGAAGUGGAGCCUGUGCGUCUCGAAAGGGGAGUGAUUCGCUGAUUGGAAUCUUAGUUGUAAGAAGGCGACUAAAAUACUCACACAGCCGAAUAAAACUUGGGCAUUCUGGUGAAUGCAACAACAAGAAGAACAGGGGAAAAAAAUUAGCGCAUAAACAAAUUGGAUUUUUUAGGGUGCAGUGUAUAGGCUGAGUUGUAGUUUUUGAUUUUUAAUUUUUAAUUUUGAAAAAAUAUUUCAGUCUUAUUUAAAAAAAAUUAAGUAAAAAAUAUUUUAACAU